CUUUCUUAAAGUUUCAUCUUAGAUGUAAUACUUAUCCUAAAAUCUUUUCUCCAACCAACAUCCCAAAAGAGAAAUUUGGACACAAAAAUCAAAAUACCAUGUUCAUUAUUUUGUCUCAAUUUUUCCAAAAUUUGUUAAAAUCAGAACCAUAAAUCAUAAAUAUAAAAUGUCUGGUUUGUUUCUUGGAAUUCUGUGUAUUACAAAAAGGGGUUAUCAGUUCAGAUCAUUUGAUUCACUUGCCCCUUCCACUUCUUCCACGCAUUUGAAGGAGCAGAUAGAGCAAAGAAUUAUAGGAAGCUAUGGCUAUAAUGAUGAAGAUCUAGGUGAAAAAGCUAGGAAAGCCAAGCAGAGACUGGAUCAGAGGCUAAGAAGGUCUAAAAGUAAAGAAGAAAGAUUCAAGGAUGUCGAAAACGAGCAAGUAGAAUCAAAUAAUUUGCAGAAGAAAGAGAUGGCUGGAAUGAAGCAAAAUGGGAUAAAGACAUUUAGCAGGGUAAUAAAGCAAUGGAAGGAUAUAGAAAAUGAUGAAUGCACCAUUUGUUUGGGCCAAUUCAAGGUUGGUGAUAACCUAAUGCAUUUGCAAUGUGACCACAAAUUCCAUUCAUGUUGUUUGGUUCCAUUGUUGGAGAAUUAUGCUUAUUGCCCUUGCUGCAGAAUGGAUAUUGUCACUUGAAAAAAAUGUAUCGCGCAUAGUUUGUAUAUAUAUGGGAUAUGAAAUGAGCUUAAAUGAAGAAGUCGGGAUUCAUAUAGUUGACCCCAACUUAUUUUGAAGUGGCGAUUCAUAUAACUGAUCCUAACUUGUUUGGAACUGAGGCAUAGUUAUUGUUGUUGUUUGCAAAGUUUGUAUAGAUCAAGUUUGAAAUAAGAGGACUGUAUCAUUGGAUCAAGUAGUCCUACCUUUUUUUGUGUUUGAAAUAAGUCAGUGGUUGGUCCAUUUGGUUGCUUGAGAAGUGUAAGAUAUUUAGGACUUUCAUUAACAUAUUAGAUUUAGAAAUUAUGUGAUUUGAA